GGUUACAAGCGGCGUCAGUACGAGUUUGUGUGAAACUAGAGUGGUUCUCUCCCUUGGUCUGUGUCGAGUCGUGAAAGUUGCCACUCAUUGAGCACGAGCACGAGUGAGUCUUUGGAGCAGACGGCACAAGGAGCAGACGACAAGAGGACGAACGGACUUUGGGAGAAAAACAGAACCAACCCCCUCUCGCGACGCCAAAUUUGUAAAGAAUACUCGACACUAUAAGAAAACAGAAUUAAGAGACAUCAUCCAUAACUUAGAACUACUCACAGCCCUCUUCCAGCACUCUACAGCCCUUACCUAAACCACAAAACUAAAUGGAUUCCAGGAUUUGUACCUCAUUUGCUCGCCUUAUGGCCUCAGCUCUCUGCGUAUCCACCCUCCUCGUCACCGCCAUGCCCUUCGACCUUCGGCGGGGGUCAUCAGACACAGACCUUGACCUCCAGGGUCACGUAGAUCUCGGUCUGGAUGACUUGGACAAGCUGCGACUGAUAUUUCCGCCUGGUUUAAUCGAAGAAGCCUUUUCGCAGGCUCAGGGAAAAGUAGACAUGCCUCUUCCACGACAGAGAACAUCUUCCAGAUCUUCAGAGCGUUGGGCUCCAAAGUCAAAGCGAUUUGAUUUCGCAUUCUCCGGCCUCGACAACGUCGAUCACAUUUUGACCACGCUUGACCGCAACGAGAAAUCCAGGUCGGGCGGUGGGGGCCCGGGAAAAUUGUCCAUGCUUCGGAGGUUCCAAAACCACCAGGCUAGUCCCAGCGACUUCGAGAAGAUUCGAUCCCUCAUGAUGAAAGCCGGCUGAGAUGUCGUCGCGACGUCACAGCAGGGAAGCAGAAGAGACGCUCCAAACCGAAGGGGAGUCGAAGUCGGACGCAUGCAGGGGAAGACAGAAAUAAUAAUAGACACCUAAUUAAUUUAUUUUUAAAAUUACUCUCCGUUGUUGUUGCAUGGUGGUUUUCCCCAAGAGCGUGACGACCAAGUCUUCUCCUCUUCGCAUCCAUUUUAGCACAUUUUUCUUCCUGCCUGCCCUUCCCCUUUUUUCAGAGUUUCACCCUCCCCCCCCUGCCCAAAUAAACAAAUCCCCCUCUCCGUCCCCUGCCCCCAACACCUUCCAGGACUCUUCAGGGACGCUUCAAAAACUGUGUCCAUUUUCAUUGCAGUAGAGAACCAUAAUGAUGUAAACAGUUCCAAUGUAUAUCCAGCAUACUUCAUAGCUGUUUUCUAGACUCACUAGAAUUAAAUUUCAAAGCUGGACACCCACUCCUCUUUAUUCUGAGACAAACACACACACACACACACACACACACACACACACACACACACACACACACA